GUCAGAUGCUGGGGAGCCGGGCGGGCGGGUGCGGUGGCGGCGGGCGGCGGGGGGGGACUUGUUGUUCUUCGCGAAGUCGGAGCCCGAGCGCCAGGCGGCGGCGGCGGCAGAGGGGAGCGCGACAGUGAGCGCCGGCGCGAGGACAGCGCGUGCCCGCGAGGAGCCGCCGCGCGCCCGCGCCCUCCGCGCGACGCCAGCUACGAGUUCCAGGGAGCUCUGUCCUGGUGACCGUGCCCAGGUUAUGACGACUAAUCCCAAACCGAAUAAGGCAUUAAAGGUCAAGAAGGAGGCGGGCGAGAACGCCCCGGUGCUCAGCGAUGAUGAGCUGGUGUCCAUGUCGGUGCGGGAGCUGAACCAGCACCUGCGGGGUCUCACCAAGGAGGAGGUGACCCGCCUGAAGCAGCGUCGGCGCACACUCAAGAACCGCGGCUACGCGGCCAGCUGCCGCAUCAAGCGGGUGACGCAGAAGGAGGAGCUGGAGCGGCAGCGCGUGGAGCUGCAGCAGGAGGUGGAGAAGCUGGCGCGUGAGAACAGCAGCAUGCGGCUGGAGCUGGACGCCCUGCGCUCCAAGUACGAGGCGCUGCAGACCUUCGCGCGCACCGUGGCCCGGGGACCUGUGGCGCCCUCCAAAGUGGCCACCACCAGCGUCAUCACCAUCGUCAAGUCCGCCGAGCUCUCCUCCACCUCCGUGCCCUUCUCGGCCGCAUCCUAGUGCCGGCUGGGGGCGGGGGGUGGCGGGCGGCGGGCGGGCGGGUGGGGGCGCACCCCUCGUACCUGUCACUGGGAUGCAGACUCUCGACAUCCGAGUCCAAGCGCAGGCCCCUCGGGCACAGGCAGCUCACACCAGGAAGAGACUAUUGCAGGGUGAAGAGUGGGCUCCCGUGGGCCCAGAGCUGCACGCCGGUCCACAGACACACUCACGCCCGCCACCUGCUCCCCGCAGGAUGUGUCUGUGUGUGGGAAUUGGUAUCUUGCGCCCGUGGGAGUCGGGACAUAUAAUGGAAAGGCCCUCGGGAAGUUCCGCGUCCCCUGUGGGGGCUGCCGGAAGACACGGCCCCAGGAGUCAGGCCCCUGUGGUCAGGUCUAGCGUGGGGCUUGUUUUCCACUCCUGCUGUAAGCAGCCUUCGACACCUGUCCUGCCACGGCCUCCCAGCCGGUGCGGGAGCCCCUCACGGCCCUGACCGACUCCGCAGUCCCCGGGGAGGAGCACGGAUGGUGUGUCAGCAGCUCCGUCCUUCCAGUUGUCCCGUUGCAGUGCCCGUGACCCGCGUCUGCCUUAGCAGGGGCCUGCGUGAGUGGGCACGGUGUGGGAGGUCGCCUGCGUGGGGUGGUGUCUGUGUGUGUGCACGCACGCCUGCCAUCACAGCAGCAGGGCUGAGGGGGUGCAGCUUGCUGGUGUUCACUGGGGGAGGGCCUGUGGGCACACAUGGCAGAGAGAGUGGCUCACACGUCGUGAGGUCUCCCCUGUGCUCUGGUGACCCGAGGAGGUCGUGCAGCACAGCGCAGAAGCCCCUGCCCAUGGGAUCCGGCCCCCCAGACACCGACCCCACAGGCCGUCCCGGAUCUCAGCGGACACAGGCAGGAGCGCCCCAUCAUUUGACAGUGAGCAGGACUCAGGCUGUGUGUCCUGGAGCUACUUCUCACCAACUGUGGUCAGUGCAGGGGGAACGAGGAGGUCUUUUGGGGGCCUGGCGAGGGGAAGGGCUGCUGCAGUCUAGGGAGAGGGGGUGCAGCCUGGGGGACGUUGGUGGACAUGGAUGUGGAGGUGGAAGGAAGAGGACGUUGCGUGGAGUGGUGGGAGGAGGCGGGAGCCGUGUGCGAGAGCAGGUGGGAAGGCUUGAGGGGCAGGACCAGGAUGCGGCUGGCUUGUAGAAGAGCUCAGGAGUGAGCCUGGCACUCCAGAGGGCGCGGCGGGUGGGGAGGCAGCAGGCACCAGGCCAGGAGAGCUUCGUGGACGUGGCUCCCGCGCGCACACACCCAGGAGCACAGCCACGGGCUGCAGGUGUGGCCUCAGCACUCAGUCCUCACCCGGAGCCUUUGCCUGCUCCUCCUUCCAAGAGCACUGAGGCACCAGUGGGCUUGGCACUCCACCUUGGGCUUCCUUUUCCUGGAGAGCCGCCUUGAGGGUCCCUCCUGUGACUGGGGUCUCUGCAGCGGGAGCCGCGGGGGUUGCGGAGCCCCUGCCUGGGGGAGCUGGCGGAAUGCGAGCCCUCGGCCGGGGGCCGCCACAUAAGACCUGCAAGGUGGUGCCUGGGGCCCCGGCUCCCUCUCGGCUGCCCCUGCCCACCCAGUAACAGCCCCCACCGGCUACAGAGCCCAGGCCGGUGCCAGCCACACUGGGAGGGCAGAGGACAGACAGCCCCGGGGCUGCGACUUGGUUCUGUGUCUACUGUUAGAAGUUGAGUGGGAAGCUGCAGGCCCGCCAGGACCACUGGGUCCCCACAGAGCAAAGGCCUGCGUGUUCCCAAACAGCCGUUGCCCCCGUGGCCGUGGUAGGUAAUCCAUAUUGGAUGUCAUAAGGACCAGGGGGAUAUUUAAAGAGAGAAACAGAAAAUAUAUAGAGAUAUAAAAUUAUAUUCACAGUUUAUCUACAGAUUUUUCGUAACAAUCUUUCUUUUCCAGUUUGAUACUGUAAAUCUAUCAGAGCAGAGCCGGGGGCACGGGCACAGGUGGGAGUUGGGAGCAGAGCGGAGGCCCGGGCUGCCCGCCAUGCCCCUUCAUCUCCCCCACGGACUGUACCAGGCAGCUGGGCCCCGCAGGACAGGCCGCAGCGGGUGGCCGGUUCUGUCCCGUCUUGGGGUUCUUGGUGUCCACGUCUUGUGGGCCGUGGGUUUCUACCUGCCCUUGGCCUGCAGUGCUUUGCUGGAGAAGGGACUCCCUGGUCCCCAGGGUGGACAGAGCCGCUGUCACUGCCCAGAGCUGGGCCGGAGAAACACGGUGUGUUCUGCUUUUCUUUUCAGAUUGUUGAAAUUUCAUUGUCAUGAUUUAAUAUAUGGAUUUUUUUAUUUAAGAAAAAGACGAGGGCCUCUUUGUCACUUGGGUUUGUUUUCUGUCUCCGUGCCUCUGGCUUCCCAAAGAGAUCCAGGUCUUUGCGUUUCCAGGGCGUGGGGACCCCGGCCCCCUACGCCGCCACGCCGCCACACCGCCUCACCCUGGCCUCUGUGCUACUUGGCAGUUCCAUUUCAUUAUUUAUUUUUUGUGCUGCUUUUUAUCAUGAUAUAAAUUAUUGAAAACAGAUCACAUGUGGGCCCGUGUCUGGCCGCCGCCGCCCUGCCCCGUCCCUGCGGCCACCACCUAAUUUAUUGCCGUGCGUCCUGCUGCUGUGACUGCUUUUGUACCUUUGCAAUAAAGAAUUUUCUGGUUUCAGA